AGGCUUUGCGUUUCCGGUUCCGGGUGCUGCCGGUUGCUAGGGCCUGCUCCGGGUUGCUAAGAGAGGCCUAGCGAAGGCCCGAAGGCGUUAUGGCGGGGAGUAGGUUGGAGAAGCUGGGCAGCGUCUUCAGCCGGUGAGGCAAGCUUUGCGGGUCCUCCAUUUAGCAAUUCGGGGGUAUGGGAUGGUGAGGAGGGACUGUCGAGGUUGCAGACUCGGGGCGGCUGGUGUAGCGGGCUCGAAGCGAGGUGUCAUAAGAGAACGCAAGAAGGGCCCUUUUGGUUGGAAACAAAUGUUCUUGUAGCUCAGGUGUGUGUGUGUGGGGGGGGGAACCUGCGCGCCCUUCAGAUGUUGCUGGACUACAGCUCCCAUCAUCCCUCACCAUGGUCAUACUAGCUGGGGCUGAAGGGAGUUGGAGUCAAAUAGAAAUCUGGAGUGCUACAGAUUCACCCCCCCCAUUUCUUCCUUGCCCUAUCUUAGACUGAGGACACCCUAACCUUGUUUUUGUUGUUGAUGUCAUACUCUUUCUUUCUUUCAUUCUUUCUCUCUCUCUUCCUCUGUAUAUUCCCUUUUAAAAAUACCGCAGCACACGGGACCUGCUACGUUCAGGGGUCAUUCCUGAAGCCAAGAAACCCAUCUGGUUCGAUGUUUAUGUCGCUUUUCCUCCGCUGAGGGAACCUCUCUAUCGGGAACUUCGUCCGCAAUAUGGCAAGAUCCAAGAUGUGGUCCCCCCCAUCCUGUACAAGGAGGACGAGAUUAGAGCGUAAGUUCACGCCCUCACCUCUGCUACACACAUUUCUGCUCUCGUUCAUUCAUUUGCUGAUUGCAUCAUUAUAUCCCACAUUUUUUCUCUCUCCAAGGAGCUCAAAGUGGUGUAUGCCCCCAUAUAAUCCUCACAACAACCCUGUGAGGUAGGUUAGGCUGAGUGGGAGUGUGGCUGGUCCAAGGUCACCCAGUGAGAGCUUUGUGGCCAAGUGAGGAUUUGAACCUAGGGGUGGUCUAGCGGUGAAAUUGAUGGACAGUAGAUUCAACAUGAAGAAAAGGGCGCCCUUCUUCCUGAUACAAGAUGUGGUGAUGGCAACUAACUGAAGAGGGCUUCACCAUGGGAAGUGUUUAUUUAUUUUGAAAACUACUUGUGUUUUAAAGUGCAACCAAACAUAUAUGCAAUAAAAACCAUGUAAAAAUGGUUAAAAAUGGAGAUCAGCUAACCAUGACUGGAGUUGCUGUUGUUGUUAAUUGCCUGUGUAAGGUUGGUAGCAUAAAAAGGUUUCCAGCAGAGCUGGACAAAUUUUUGGAAGAGGUAAGGCCUAUUGGUGACUGUUAACCAUGAAGGGCAAAUGCCAUGUUCACAUUCAGAGGUAGUAUGCUUCUAGGGACAUAGGAAGCUGCCUUAUGCAGAGUCAUAUGCUUAGUACAUUCAGCUCUGUCUGCACUGACUGGCAGGUGUCUCUACAGGAUUUCAAUCAAGGAAAAUACCCAUCUCUACCUGGAGACUGAACCUGGGGCCUUCUGCAUGCAAAGCUCAGGGUCUACCACUGAGCUUUAGCUCUUCCCCCAAAUGCUGAAUAUCAAUUGGGUUUUUUUUGGGGGGGGCUGUUGCCUUUAGGUUCUACUUUGAGCUUCAUUGACACAUCUGAUUUACUACUGUGAAAAGGAGAAUGGAGGAUUAGAUGGCUCUUCUGUUAAUUAUUCCCCUGUCUUUUAAUUCCAAGGAAAUUACUGGUCGCUUGGCUGCCUGGUUAUAUGAGAAAAUUCUUGCCUGAGCAGAACUUCUAGUAGGGCACACAUCUCAAAAAUGUUUGCCACUCUCAGUCUCCUGUGAAUAAGUUUGAAGUCUUUAGUGGAUGUAACCAGAAAUGUCCACUGGAAUUUCAAGUAUUCCUUGGAAUGUAAAUAUGUUAUCUGACUGCUCAUCACCCAUGCCUGAACCUACAUUCAGGAAAUAAAAGAUUUGUUUAGAACUCCAUCCCAAGUGCUUGGAGUAACCAGCAGUAGUCUUGUGCAAACUGUUUGUAUACACACCUGCAUGCUUUAUCUAAAUCUGUGUUGCCAGAAGGCAGCCAGCCAUAAGGCUGUCCUAUGUUGGCUAAAUCAAUAAUCAACUUUGGCAUUGGUUGGUCAGCAGGGAAGGCAGUUUCAUAAGUUGAUGCUUAUGACCCUAUAGAGGAUUGGAAAUUCUAAUAUGAGGUAGGCAUGGGGAGGGGGACUAUCUUUAUUAUGGAUUAGUUUACUUGCAACCUUUUUGCUUCUGGCUGUACCCACCAUUUGCACCCACUACUCACUGCUUGUAUAUAGUCCCCAACAGAAUGUGACCUGACUUAGUCUUGAAGGGUGUAGGAAUCUAGCUCAGAUCAUGAAGGGGGGGAAACCCUCUAGAAAUUACAUUUGCUUUAUCACUACUGGAUCUACACAUUUAUUGACAUUACUGUCUUUAUAUAGAUCAGUCCCAAACUGAAACUUCUUGUCUUAUUUAUUAGGAAAUUUUAUAAAGCUUAUGGAAAUGGUCCAAGAGCCUUUGAACUGUCCAGAUUAAACUUCAAAUCCACCUGCCAAAGGUAAGUGAACAAACUCUGACAUGAAGAUUUGCCCCUGAAAUGAUGGAGGAAUAGGGAUUCAUUUCCCCUGCUUGUUGCUGUUUGACUGGUGACGGGUGCCUUGAAUUUCAGGUUUGUUGAGAAAUACAUUGAACUGCAGAAACAGGGAGAAAUCGAUGAUGACAAACUGUUUGAAGAAACAGGGAAAGCACUCUUGGCCGAGGGACUUCUUUUACGCAGAAAAGUGACAGAGAAUGUAAGUAUUCCAAAGAGUUGCUCUAAAGGAGAGGCAGGGGCUGAAUUAAGUUUUUGAAUGGUCUUUGGGGCCUCAGUGUAUGAGGGCCAUGGACUUGAAGACUGGUGGUUAGAGUUUAGCUUUGGAAAUGGCCUUAGUUGGCGAUUCUCCAGAGCUAACUUGACAACUAAGUAACCAUUGCGUGCAAACCCAUACAAGAUAAAUUUAAAAAGCAGUUUACUACUCAGAGGGUAACCGUGUUUUAUUUCUGUCCACUAUUGAUACACAUUUACUUUCACGAAUAAGUCCUGAUAUAACACAGGCAGUUUUAAGGUUACAGUGGUGGUCCUUGUAGCACAUUGGUUAUCCAGGGGGCACUGUCACAUAGAGGAGACCCUUUGGGGUAGAGUAGGGACUGGUGUUCCAAUGUUUUGCUUGACUUUGGCCUAUAAAUGUAGAGCCAAACUAGACAAGACCCAAUACACACAGAUAAAUUGUGUGGGUGCCUUUAAAAAAAUAAAUGGAAAGUGUGGGUAUGUGGGAUGAUCUGGAUCAGAAUGCUGGUGGGGAUUGAUUAAGCCUUUGCUCCCUGAGGAAGGGCCAUCACUCAGUGACAGAGCAUCCGCUUUGCAUGAAGAAGGUCCCAGGGUCAAUACUUGGCAUCUCCACAUGGGGCUGUGAGAGUUUCCCUGCCUGAAACCCUGGAAACCUGCUGUCACUCAUUGCAGACAAAAUUGAGCCAGAUGGACCAAUGGCUCCAGCUCUGUAUAAGGCAGCUUCUUAUGUUCCUAUGCUGUGUUCUUGGUUAAGAUCUUCCAUUGGCAUUAAUGGAACCCCCCCCCCCUUUAUAAAGCAAAAUAGUAGGUGUGGAUGCCUCAAGUUAGAUCAAGACCACAGUGGCGGACAAAGGGUUUGAAACAAAAACCCUGUCCCAGAGUCCUCACCCACUUACUUCCAAAAACUAUUAUUUCAGUGGAUAACUCUGUGAAUAGCAUCUCAUCUAGUUUGGCCCUAAUAUCGCUGCCCAUAGCUGAGGUCAGUAGUGGAUCAACUGCUUUGCAUGCAGGAAGUCCCAGGUCCAAUUGCCAGCUUUUCCAGGUCGGGUUGUGUAAGAUUCCUUGUCUGAAAUUCUGGAGAGUUGAGCCAGUCGGUGUAAACAGUAUUGAGCUGCAUGGAUUAAUGGCCUGACUUUGUGUAAGGAAGCAUCAUGUGCUUUAAUUUCCUGAUGCUACAGCAGGGGUGGGAGGUCUUCAGCCCUCCAUAUAUUGCUGAUCUACAGGUUGCAUCAGCCCUGGCAAGCAUGGCCAGUGGCUAGGGAUCAGGGGAGUUACAGUCACAGUAACAUCUGGAGGGCUGAAGGUUCCCACCCACAAGGAUGCUACAGCAACCGUGUAAGGGGCUAGACUCGAGCUGCUGACUCUGUUUCAUUCUUGCCUCUGUCUUGUUCAUCUGCUUGUAACAUCCAGGUAGCCCAGCAGGCUUCUCCGGAAGCCAGAACCAGGGACCCGAUGUUAGAGAUGCGACUCCAGAGCAUGCUGCAGGAGAUGCAGGACGGCAAGCAGGAGCAGGAGCUUGAAACCACAGAUGCACCAGAGAAAGGUCCUGCCCCAUCCUAAGGGCUCCACAUUUUUCAGUUGCCUUGUAAAAGAAGGGUUAGAUGCCACUGAAUGUCUUCUCUGUGGGCAUAUGACUGGCUGGACUUAGAGACACUUACAAACAAGCGGUUGGCCUUUUUCCAUCCACCUCACUAUUUCAUGUUGUUACACACAUUGACUUGCAGCAAAUGGAUAACGAGGACUUUGUCUCAUUGUGACUUGCUAUGGCACAGGAGGGGCCAGUCCUGCACACUCAUGUGCCUAAUAUGAUGGAUUUGAUUAUUAAAACUUCCUUCAGAAGUG